AUGUUCGUUCUCCUCCCCCUUACCGAAUUCAUGGGGAUGGCUAAAUGCGCAAGCAUUGUCGGUGUCAUAUUUGAUUUCUUUGGCUCGCAAAGUCUCGCCCAUCUACGUAAUGAAGAGGCCUAUAGCUCUCCUCGUUUUUUGGAAGAACUAGGAUAUCAACCUUCUCUAUGCAUAGAGCGAGAAGACCGUUGCUUCCACAUAUUUCUCAAGCUUAUUGCUCUGGGUCUCCAAAAGCUGAGGGCGGCAGGGUCCCUCAAAGACAUUCGCAAUCUCGUCGCCCGAGUAGUGCCAAAUCAUAACAGGCAGUACUUGAAAGAACAGAACAUUCAUGAACGUGAUUUGGCCGCUCUACGAAACCAUCACGAUCUGCUCUGUACUCUGUUCUGGGCAUCGCCUCCUGAAUUACGCCCAAAUGUGAAUCUAAUCCAAGGCCUUGUUGUGCCUGCAAACUCUCACAAGGCGGCGUGUCUUAUAAAUUUGCGAACCUGGAGUCAACUUGCCCGCUUCGUCGUGAUUUCUGGUGAAGCGACAACAUCCUUGAAGCCAUUCAACGCGUGGCGCAGUUCCUUCUUUCAGCAAAUACUGGAACAAUACGAAUCAGUCGCACCUGAUAUUGAACACCAGCUAUCAAAUCUCUCGAAGGAUGUAACGAAGGCAAUCAGCUCGGAAAUGGUCAGCGCAAUGAUAUCAUGGAACAAGACUGCUGUUGCAGAUGUUUUAUAUACUUCUGUUUCAGUUUCACUGGAGGUAAUUCAACAAGCCCCGGAUCUGGAGGCGGGACUAUUUUGCCUUGGCAUUCGGCAACUACAGCAAGCUUUUGCCAGAUUUUCUUCGACACCUCCAGGACUGGAUUGGCAGAUCCUCCGGGCUUCAUUGUCAAUACUGGAGACAUUGCUCAACCAGGUCGACGAGUUCAAGGCGAACGAGCAGAGUCAAGAAAGCGAAAGCCAGAUCCUGAACUCAGCACUCGCCGAUGAUGCCCUUCAGGUCUUGAGCCAUGAUAUUGCAAAGCUCUUUUUCUCCAUGACCCAUUGCAUCCUCUCAGCGAGCGAUAAGACGAGGUCUUCCGACCAGAGCCAGUGCGCUGAACUCGCCGUGGUAUUGGCGGCGAGACUUAGCAUGAGAUUGUCUGAGACCGGCUCCCUACAGUUCUUGGAUUUGUUCAAACCUGGGGAAAACGGGCUUUGGAGAUCUCUGCCGCACGAUCUCAGCAUCAACCAGCGGAGAUAUUUGCCUGUCUUUAUCACAGCUCUCUUAAGGCAUGGAUUUUGCAAUUGGAGAGAGGGGCAUUUGAUCUUGAUCGAACUGUGGCUGAUCUCAGUUGUCAAACCUAAAGAAGCAUUUGGCUAUGAGAAAGACUUUGCGGAACAGCUCAUACACCAUGGAGAAGUUUUCGUGCCCAACACGGUCAAAGGGUUUGUGGGCGACAUCAAUUACGAAAUCAAGAGACAACUUUUGGAAUACGUAGUAUCGUCGAUGCGAAAAUCGAUUCGCGAUGCUGAACCAAGGCCAAAGAGAAGCUUGCAACUAGAACAUGGAAGAGUUCUGAAGCGUAUUAUGCUUUUAAUGAGGAGUGAUCUAAAAACCCUAUUACGCGAUACUAAUGAACAUCAUAUGUACAUGGGCUUUGUUAGAGAGGCAAUUGCUCUGAUUAAAACUCAUGCGUCUGAUUUCUGCACUGUCGAUGAUUUUUUCUACCAAGUCAACCAGGAAUAUUCCCCGCCUCAGCAAGAUCCUCAACUCCAGGUCGCAACCCUGGUAUCUUACGGUAUCCGAUUGGCUGACGGAGACAUCAAAGUAGAACAUCCGCUUUUCUUUUUCCUCCUUAACCAGUUGAAGUUGGCAGUAAUGGGCGACGGGGUACGCGAAGAAGCUAUCCUUCUUUGCAAAGGAAUGCAAACAAACGGACUUCUUGGGUUCAUACUUGGCAAGAUGUUUCCUGCCAUUAUCGAGGUCUCACGAUCGGAAAGUGUGGCGGCGUUGCCCAUGGUCGACAUAUACACACACGCUUUUCAAUUAUUACUGGAGGAGGGUGGCGGCCAAGGGCAGCUCCUCACAUCCCACUAUACCGAGGAACUGGAAGUCGUUUUGAAACACAUGAUCCAGAGCAUACAUGAUUUGGGACCAGCCUGGCCUUCGAGCGAAGAGCUCCAUUUAGUAAGGCAAUACUUGGCCUUUAUGAACCUUUUGUGGCCAUCUUUGUAUGCCAUUACUCUCUCCCCAAAGAUGUCUACGACCUUGGGAAUCCAUGGCAUUAGAGACCUCCUUGGGCGGGGUCGAGAGUGGACAGGCGUGGUGGAAGCACAACUGCGCUGUGCCCUGCAGAAUGAUAGAGGUGCCUGGGGUAUCGAUUCACUAUUCCCACCCAUUGAGCAACCACUGGAAGCUGGUGGAUGCAAUCAGUCGCAGCUGGGAAUCGCGAGGCUGGCUGAGAGCAUCAUCACGGAUGUUCGCAAGAACUGGAUUACUUUGGGUGACAGGCUCACAAUUCAAGCGCCUGGCCAACGGCGAACAACUCAAUCAACUCAGGCGGGACACGGAAUACAAAAGCCGCAGUGGGACCAGGGAGACUUGGUGGUGGAUCUGUUUGAAAGACUUCAAGAAUGGAAUUAUUGGUGGGAGAGGGCAUUCGGGAUGGGCCAGGCGGGUGGGGUGAACCGUGUUGAGAAGAAUCAGCAGAUUUUCUUUUGA